ACCGCAAAUGCUGCCGCUCCUGGUGAGCGCCAGCCCGCGCCGCGUGCAGGGCGUGUCCGGGGCGCCCUCCCCCCGAGUUCCCCCGCAAAAUCCGGCCCGCGGUCGCGCGCGCGCUCCCGUCUCGCUGCUUUGGAGGAGUCUGCAGCCCCGGGCGCGCCCGCACGGCGAUUGCCGCCUCCACUCCAACCUCAUCCACUCUCACUCUGACAUUCUCUCCAGAGUCCUCGCGUCGAGCCCGUGGCGCCGGAGCGCGAGCCCCAAGCUCGGGACACAGCGGGACAUUGACGAUCUGCGAUGCCUGUGCGUGCAGGUGAUCACGAUGAGCACGGCGCCGGCGGUGGCACCCUUCCUGGUGCUCCAGUUGCGCGAGCGAUGGCAGCCUCCGACCGACGAUCCGGAGUGGCGUAACUUGGCUCUCGCCAAGGGCCUCGUCCCGUCCUUGCUCAGCCAAGCCGCCGCUCGGGCGGCGGAGCCGCUCGCCCACAUCACGCGCACGCUGGUGCAGCUCGAGGUCAUCGACCACGACGUCGGGCAGACCGCGCUCUCGAACUAUCUGAAGAACUGCCUCGCCAAGUCCAAGGGCAUCUCGGGCCCGUCGUACAACCCGGCCAACGGCUCCCACACGCUACACCGGCACAUCGCCGCGGCGGUGCCCGUCGCCUCGCUCCUGAAGGUGCGCGGCAAGGAGCUGCUCUCGGCGCUGCACCGCACGCGGGAGGAGCCCGACUCGAGCAGCUGCGGACUGCGAUGGCGCGUGGCGGCUGGACCUGGAUGCGCCGCCGCCGGCGGCGGCGGCGGAGGACGAGGAGAUGGAGGUGGAGGUGGAGGUGGAGGCGGAGGCGGCGGCGGCGGACAUAGGGUGAUGCGAUACGGCGGUAGAUGGCCGAGGAUGCAGACGGACCGUGGUAUGUGUGUUGUGUACUUUAUAUGCUCAUAUUCCGCGUUACCACAGCAGCAGGCACACACGCCAAGCGCGUGAGUUGUCGCUCGGGUUGCCUUAACUAGAUAAGAUCCCCAUAUUCAUU